CUUCAUUUCAAACCACUCUGUAAUUCCCAGUAUCCAUCCACCCUCCAUUAUUGUCUUCUAAGUCCUUGAUUUUCCCUAAUUACGAUAGUUAACUCUUAAAUUUUCAACCUCAAAUUUCUUCUUGAGCCCUUCAAAAAAAAAUCCCCCUUUUUAACAUUCUGGCUUCAAGAAACCCUAAGUCUAAUUAAAUACACAAAUUUCCCAAAUACCCUUUUCCGAUUUCAUGUAAUUGAGCUUGAAGGUGCUUAAUUGAAGCUUGUUGGGAAUUUGGAUUUUGUGGAAAUCUUAUUAAUUCCAAAGAUUGUUCUUUUGGUUCUUGAUUGGUGUUAAAGAGGAUUUGGUCUAAAAAUAAAGUAUGAAUUGAAGCUCAAUUUGGGAUUUUUUUUGUGUUUCAGGAUUAUUUUUGUAAUAUAGAUAAGUUGUUUAAAGGAUUAGAAGAUGGAGAACUAUGAGCUGGUAAAAGAUAUAGGGGCUGGGAAUUUUGGAGUUGCAAGGCUUAUGAGGCACAAGGAGACAAAAGAGCUGGUUGCAAUGAAAUAUAUUGAGAGAGGCCACAAGAUUGAUGAGAAUGUUGCAAGGGAGAUCAUAAAUCAUAAAUCGCUUCGACAUCCAAACAUAAUUCGGUUCAAAGAGGUGGUAUUAACCCCCACUCAUCUUGCCAUUCUUAUGGAAUAUGCAGCUGGCGGAGAGCUGUUUGAGCGCAUUUGCAAUGCCGGAAGGUUCAGUGAAGAUGAGGCUAGAUAUUUCUUCCAGCAGCUUAUUUCAGGAGUCUGCUACUGUCACAACAUGCAAAUAUGCCAUCGAGAUUUGAAACUGGAGAAUACUCUAUUGGACGGCAGUCCAGCACCACGCUUGAAGAUUUGCGAUUUUGGAUACUCAAAGUCGUCUCUGCUGCAUUCAAGGCCAAAAUCAACUGUUGGAACUCCCGCUUAUAUUGCUCCUGAAGUUCUAUCUAGAAGAGAGUAUGAUGGCAAGCUGGCUGAUGUUUGGUCAUGUGGAGUGACACUUUAUGUAAUGCUGGUUGGUGCAUACCCUUUUGAAGAUCAGGAGGAUCCAAAGAACUUUAGGAAAACUAUUCAACGAAUAAUGUCGGUGCAGUAUAAGGUUCCCGAUUAUGUUCACAUAUCACAGGACUGUAGGCACCUUCUCUCUCGCAUAUUUGUUGCCAAUCCAGCAAGAAGAAUUACAAUCAAAGAAAUCAAAACCCACCCGUGGUUUUUGAAGAAUUUGCCUAGGGAAUUAACAGAAGCAGCACAGAUUGCUUAUUACAGAAAAGAAAAUCCAACCUUUUCCCUUCAGACUGCGGAGGAGAUUAUGAAAAUUGUGGAAGACGCAAAGACCCCUGCUCCAGCUUCCCGUUCAGUCGGAGGGUUUGGCUGGGUUGGUGAAGAAGAAGACGGGGAAAACGAAGAAGAAUUAGAAGAGGACGAUGAAGAAGAAGAUGAAUACGAAAAACAAGUGAAGCAGGUACACGAAAGUGGAGAAUUUCGUGUCAUUUAAGGUCUUAAGUAAUCUAUGUUGCUUGUUGAAAGCAACAGCUUUUAUGUAUUGCUUUUCUAGGUUGUGUAAAAUUGGUUGUAGCUAAGGUCUUAACUAACCUUUGUUGCUUGUAGAGAGCUAUAGCUUUUAUGUAUUGCUUUUCAUGGUUGUUUAAAAUUGGUUCUUUUCCCUGUUGGUGUGAUUUAAGGAAGUCUGUAAAUUUAUAGUUUUUUGGUCAGGGGGCUUGUGAAUUUUAUUGCUAUGUUACAAGGGCAAUGGUAUGCCGAUUUUAUUAGUCAAAGGCGUUGAAUUAUAAGCCUAAAGUGCCUGGGUUUCAGACAAACUUAGAGUUUUAAUUGACAGUCUUUGGGUCAAUGUUAUGAUAGUGUACACUGAAUGGUUGGUUUCUCAGUUAUGAAUAUGAAAGAUUGAUUUAUUUUCGGUAA